GACAGAAACUACAGAGUAGAAGUGUACAGACUGCCACUUUGAGAAUGGAGAUGACACUGUGUUUUCCACUGUUGCUGCUGAUCUGCUCUCUCUCCACGGCUCAGCAUCAGACAGAGUCUGACAAUGAAAUGAUUCCACGUGGAAAGCAAGCUGAAUCCCAGGGAAGAGAAGCAACAAAUGUCUCUGACCGCCAACAAACCUGCACUCAAGACAUCCAUGCUGUGCUGAGAGAGAUGAGCGCCUUGUUGGCUGAACAGAGGGUGGAGAUGAGGCACUUACAGAGAGAGAAUGAAGCACAAACAGCUAAGCUGAAAGAACUGGAGCUACAGAAGACUGAGGUGGAGAGGCAGAAGACUGAGCUGGAGAGGCUGAAGCAACAACUUCAAGUCAAACAGGUGGCUUUCUCAGCCUCUCUGUUGGCUUCAGGUUCAGGACAUGUUGGACCAUUUAACACACACACUCCUCUGGUCUUCAGACAUGUCAUCACAAACACUGGAAAUGCCUACAACCCAAACACAGGUUUUUUCGUUGCACCAGUGAGAGGAGCCUACCACUUUGAGUUCUACAUAGGUGCAAUUGGACAUGCUUCACAUGCUUCAGGUGCAUACUUGGUCAAGAAUGGAGGACAUAUUUUUAGUACAUGGUCGCAUCAGCAAUCCGGUUAUGGCAGCUCUGCUAAUGGUGCCACGCUGCUUCUAGAGGUCGGAGAUGUUGUGUCUUUACGUCAGUGGGCGAACACAAGAAUAUAUGGAAAUCGCUACAGCACCUUCAGUGGUCAUCUGCUUUUCACCAUGUGAAACAGUCCUUUCUGUAGCUACAUGAUAGCUGUGCACACACUGCAGCAGUUUAUCAGUACAUGUUGAUAAUGAUUAUGUGAAUAUUUAAUGUUAUAAAAAAUACAUAUGUUUUGGAGCCACGCUUUCAGCAGUUUCAAAGUAAAUAAUAUUAUAAUCUUAAUCUCUUACAUUUGAGUAAAACUGCCAGACGCACUACCCAAACAUAUAAACUGUGCUUUGUAUGCAAAAUGAUUAAUUAUUAAACUCAGCAAUUAAAUGUGAUUGAAACUGGCUAUGUGGUACUCAUUAAUAAGAUUAUGGUGACCAUAUUAUUUGAAACAUACUGUACAGUUCCUGUAUUUUGAUCUCUGCCUCCAUCACUAUAAUGUUCCUGUAAUAUUUCUUUCUGCCUCUUCAUUCAAAUAUUAAACUGCUGUUGUUCUGGUCCACGCCAAGGUUUCCUGUGUAGAGUAAAAUGUUCUUGAAGGUAACACUCAGGUUGUGAUUAUUUGAUCUUUAACUCUACCUCUGUGAUCUUUAUAGAGUGUAAUACUUAAUGUAAUAUUUACAAUGGGUAUAUGGCAAAUAAAGAGUACAAGUAUUGUGAUCUCGUUCAGAGUCGUGUUUCUGGCCACCUGGUACAAUAUUCACUAUCUUUUAGUUGCUUUUUGAUCUCUACCAACUCCUGAGGGAAAUAUCUGACUCUGUAGCUCAUAAAUGCUUCACUGUGUUCGCCAUCUCUGUCUGUCUGUUGUUUUGUGGGGAAGAGGGGACAUGACAUGGGCUCGCUCACAUGUGGCUUGGAG